AAUCCAACUAUUCAAGAAGAAGGUGUAGAAGAGAAGAAAGAUAACAAGCAGUCAUGGCAGGCUUGAACCAUAUCCUCCUCUUAUCAUUCAUGGCUCUCUUGGCACUCACAGUCAAUGCCAAACACUAUUAUUACACUUCUCCUCCACCUCCUCCUCACCACCCUCCACCUCCACCUCCUCACCAUGCUCCUCCACCUCCUCCUCACCACCCUCCUCCUCCACCUCCUCACCAUGCUCCUCCACCUCCUCAUCAUGCUCCACCUCCUCCUCACCAUCCUCCAACCCACUACCACUUUCACUUGCCCACGCCAGAAGAAGAGAAUGAUGUGAAGUCGAUUGGCGUGCAGGGAAUGAUCUAUUGCAAAGCCGGAUCUAAGCUCACGCCCCUUAAAGGAGCUGUGGCAAGGAUAACAUGCAAGGCAGUAGACAAGUAUGGAGUUGUGACAGGUAGCUACACUGUGAUGAGUGACACAGACAAAUCAGGAUACUUCUUAGCAAAGAUGUCCUUGACGAAGAUCAAAGAAGUGGGAAACAUCACAGAAUGCAAGGGAUACCUUCGCAUGUCUUCGCUGAUGUCAUGCAGCAUUCCCACUAAUGUCAACAAGGGGAUCACCGGAUGCCCUCUUUCAGGCCCUCGCCUUCUCCAUAACAAGACGCACUUGUACACUGUGGGCCCAUUCGAGUACAUGCGAGUGUUGCCACUUGGCCACGAUUGAGGAGUUGCAACUUGUUUUUAGAGGCUAUUACAUAUUAUUACUAGUUAAGACAUAAGAGGAUCUACUUCUACACCAACUGUUUUUUUUUUUUUAACUUAAAUUUACUAUAUGUAGAUUCUAGACCUCUGUAUGGAAUAACGCAAGUUGUGAGCUUGGGUGGUUUUCGAGUGACCACAUAAUAGGUUACUUUUGUUAUUUGUAAUAUCGUUUUUAUUUGAAAAUGGGAGGCAGGCAUGUUUGCUUUG